CCUGACAUUCCGGAAUUAUCUAGAAAGCCUGUUCAAGCCAGUUGCAUUGUUCUUAUUGUAUUUUUCAAUGUUUAUUAUGCUUCACAGUUUCUGAGAUUUAAAACGAUGAUGAGAAUAAAGGUACUGCUUUCCUGGAUAGCCCUAUUGAAAUUGUUUCAAAUCAUUUUAAAAGUGAUUAUCUUGAACUGUGUGUAUUUGGACUUGUAUGCCACUUUAAUAAUAUCCACCAAAAAAUCAAAGUUUCCAUUUCUUUUUCGUUUUCCCAAAAAUCUCCAUUUAAUACCUCAAAACAUUCAUGUCCUUCCCAUGCUAACUGGAUCAGGAGAUGUAAACUUACAUAAAGUAAAGUACAGGUGUGUCGCUGAUCGACUACUUACCUUCAAAAAAUGCAAUCCUAAUGUGUCAGCAUUAAAUUUGGCAAAUAACGGAUUCAUUUAUACAGGCGGCGGAGACGACGAUGUUUUCUGUCCAUUUUGUUAUAAAGCUAUGUCCAGUAGGAUGAUGGGAGAAAAUGUUCGACAACAUCACGUCAGAAAUUCACCCAAAUGUCCAUUCUAUGAAUCAGACCACGAAGGGAGGUCGUACAUCGACAUUUUCCUGAAAGAGCACCCGGCAGUACAAUAUGUUCCUCCUCCUCGCCGGCUAGCUUCUAGAUCUGCAACAACAGGGGAGUUAACAUCAAUCGCGGAUGAAGAAAGAGGUGCUAAUGGACAAACAACACAUCCAGAACAUUUAGAGACAGCGUCAAAUGUUAAUUUACCGAAUGUUGAAGAUAAUAAAAAUCAACGUGCAAACACUUCUCAUCCACUUUCACUGCCAAGACAUUUAUUGUCACAUUUUCACAAUUCACAUUGGAAAUUUCAAAGACAUCGAAUUGAUCAUUCAAACAAUAGGCAUUGGGAUAAAGUGCACAGAUUUCCAAAUGAACAUGUACACAAUGUACAUACUUUUGGAUUUCACCGACGUCAUAUUCCUUAUACAUUCCAUACGUGUGAAGCAAAUCGAUAUCGAUUUUCAAACACUGAACACAUGAAUAGUUUUCACCAAUAUCAUAGCCUUAGCUGUUCUUAUGAUAGCUUUCCAUCAUAUCGAAAUCCUUUUUCAUUAAAAACAACUGUUGAAAGUUUUACAUAUCAAAGACAUCAACGCGAAUUUUCAGAUAAUUUACUUAAAUCUAGUUCUAUAUCACCAAGAAAUUGGAAACCAGAAACACUGAAAUACUGGGAAUAUUCCAAACGAAAACAAACUUUUAAUUCAUGGCCUAGAGAAAUUCUUUUUAUACCAAAACACUUUGCAGAUGCUGGAUUCUUCUAUAAAGGUCAUGGUGAUUGUGUAAGCUGUUUCUACUGUGGAGGCAGUCUAACAAACUGGGAAGCUGAAGAAGAUGCUUGGAUAGAACAUGCCAGAUGGUUCCCUAAUUGUAAUUACUUAAUCCAACAAAUGGGACGUACGUUUGUUGCAACAGUCCAAGAGCUGGACAAGGUCAAAGACCACAUUCCAUUGAACAAGAAAGUUUGUGAUAAACUCCAGAAUUGUACCAACUGCCCAUUUAAGGACAGAAGAAAUCCAUUAAGGAAUAAUCCUUCAGUGAUCGCAGUCAUAGAAAUGGGAUAUCCAGUGGAAGAUGUUAUUGACAUGGCUGAAAAAAUCCAGAAAGAAGGGAUCCAAUUAACAGCCCUCGAUAUAAUGAACAAGCUCUUAAACAACAACAGAAAAAAAUCCAAGGAUAGCGAUGUUCUACUUCCGUGUCGGAUGUGUGGUUACAGAGAAGCCAGUUGUGUUUUCCAACCUUGUGGUCAUUCGAUGAGCUGUGCAAACUGUGCUCCCUUGUUCUCACGAUGUCAACAAUGUCAAAUAUUGAUAUACAGAAAGACAAAUGCAACAAGCUAUAGAAAAAGAGAAUACUUCUUAAGAUCAAUGUUUAUCUAAGGGGAAAUAACGCUUAUAACGACCAUUCAUCUGCUUAUUACACGGUUUAACUCCAUUUCAUGAAAACAAAAAAAAAUAAUUAUUACUAAAUUAUAAUUAAUUUGGUGAAUUUUUGAAUUGAUUAUUAUUAUUCGUGUAUUGUUAUCUAAUAUGAAUAGAGUCACAAUUUAAACUUGAUCCGAGAAUGGGAAGUGGGAGAAAACGUGUCACAACGUAAUAAUGGGACUAAAUCCAUAUAUAUAUAUAUAUAUAUAUAUAUAUAUAUAUAUAUAUAUAUAUAUAUAUAUAUAUAUAUAUAUUUACAUCUAUCAUUACCUUUACCUAUCCCUUAGUCUGUUGGACCAUUGGGAGACCACGCAAGAUAUUCGACACUCUUUCUACAUUCCUCUAGGUCCUUUGCCCUAGCCAGAACCUCCUCCAUGGCAGACCUGUCCAUUUUUUUCGCUAUCUUCCUAUCGCUUUCUCUGUCUGCCUCUUCUUCUUUUUCCUGGUACUGUUCCCUGAAGGAAGUUUUUGCGAGCCUCGAAGAAAUUGUAAUAACUCCCUAGAUUUUUAGCUGGCGUUGUUUUACGAUAGUAAGCAGGUUAUCAUGGGGUCCAAUCGCUGCAGUAACCAUGUCUCUAAAAUCUUGGUUUGUGAUGCGGUCUUUAAAUGUAAUAAUUUGGAUUCUUCUUCUAGCAUCUCAGUUCCAUUGCUAGGAUUCUCCACUCUAGCUCUGUAGUCAGCGUCCAAGACUCACACGCAUAUACAAAUAUAGCAUGACAAGGGAAGACCUCAGUCUGAAAUUGGUGCCGAAGGCUAAGCCUUUGUCUUUCCAUAUAUUUUAAGUUUUGAAAGUGCAGCUGUGGACUGUGGUAUUAGGACCAGUAGCAUAAGUUUUGUUCCCUCCUCUGAGACAAUAGUUCCGAGGUAUUUGAAACUACUGAUUCUACUGAUUCUAGUCAGCUUUUCACCUCCGAGACUGAUGCCCCCUUUUAAAGCCCUAUUGGCUAUUGGUCAUAUUUUUUUUUCGCCAUUUAUUUGCAUACCAUGAGCUACAGAAGUCUUGUCAAUGCGCAUCACCAGGUCAGCUAGUUCUUCUUCUGUCCCUGCUAGGCCAUCAAUGUCACCUGCGAAGCGCAAGUUAGUAAUUCUUCUUCCUCCAAUGCUAACAGUACCUUCUCUCUCUCUCUCUCUCUUCUCUCUCUGUUUUGGGCAUCUCCUAUUAAGUAGAAUUUAUUUCCCUUAUUUCAAAAUGAAACAAACUAAUUAUUCAUCAAUAAUUAAUUAACUAAUUGUUGUUUUUUUUUAAUUGAUUUAUGUCUUGUCAGGUUCAAUAAACUUUUUUUAAAUAUAUUUUUUUUAAUUUGAUAAAUCAAUAACAUUUCGAUAACAUUUACGCUAAUAACUUUAUCUUUCAUCCCCACCCCUUCCCCAACUGAUCCAGACACAUAAUUGGAUCGUAGCGCAUUGGGAAUGUUAAAAGAUUGAGAAUGCGCUAAAACAAAUUUCAAUUACAUGACUACAAGUAUGCUAGUUCGAUCAGGUGUAAUAUUGUUUGUGAAACUGUGGGGGAAUGGGGUAUCGGGAACCUUUUUUUGUGCUGCAUUUAGGCGUUCAGUAAACAAAGCGUAAGCCUUGAUUCCAACUGGAGCUCCCUUGAUAGGCACCCAAGUAGUACCUACCAAGCAGACACUCAACCUUCUUCCACGUUGAUCUUCCUUCAAUCUUUUUUAACCACUUUCUGAAGAUAAGUCUCUGGUUUUAGUUCUUUCAUUCAAAAAAAAAACAUGAGCGUCUGCUCUGUCUAGAUGCUUCAGAAAUUAGAUAGUGAGAGACUUAAAUACAUGAAUAUAUGAGGAGGCGAUGUGGCUACGAGCCUUGCCUCUUAGCUUCUGAACCCGGGGUCCUGGGCUCGAAUCCUCGUGAGAAUGGUAUUUUUAAUUUCAGAAUCUUUGAGAGGGAUUUGAGCCCAACCAGCUCUAAUAUGUACCUGACACUAGUUAGGGAAAUUUAAAGGCGGUUGGUCGUUGUGCUAGCCACAUGACACCCUCGUUAGCCGUAGGCCACAGAAAUUGAUAGACAAUAUCUGACCUUUAGAUUACAAUGUCUUUAAAUUUUUUUGGAAAACAGGAUAAUUCACAGUGUAUGUAUCUAUCGUGUGAAUUUAAUUUAUGAAAUGUUGACUAAUUGCCUAUUAAACAUGGAUUUUAAAAAAUAUUUUUUCUUUAUUUUUUUUU